UAAAUUCUUCCUUCUGCUCCCAUCUUCGACGCGACGAUGAGCGUAAGAACGGUCGAAACAUCUGAUAAUGCUCGUCAGUGCGACGCUUCACCUCAAGAAAUACGAAUAACCAAUCAUGGCAAGAUGCACACCUGGGUUGCCUUUGCGCUUGAGCAUUUACAGAAAGAGGGCUCCGAAUCUAUCGUCCUACACACACUUCCUGCCCCUCGGAACCUCCAAGAACCCAAGCCAACAAAAGGCUCUCUCUCGAAUGCGACAACGACUAUUCCACGACUCAUCUCUGUCGUCGAAAUCAUAAAAAGGGAAUAUGUCAAGAUUUUGGAGUUGAAGCAUCUGCCGAGGCUUUUCGGUCUGCAUCAGUACAAUGAGAUCAGUUCCCUUGAAGACAUCGGACUUGGCGAGGAGGAUACUACACCCGAGGAUAAAGAGGAGAAACGAGCCGCCUCGAUAAUAAUGGCUUUAGAAGGGAAAAAUUAUCCGAAGCAAGUACAAAAGCCUUUCAUGAGGAUCACUCUUAGUCAUCGCGAGUUACCUGAGCUUGUAGCAAAGGGUGCAACAUAUCAACCCCCAUUGCGGAGAAAGCUGUCCAAAUCCGCCAAAGCUAGGGCAAAAAAACGAGAGAAAAAGGCCCAGGAGAUCGCGCCGGUAAAUAGUGAGGAUAUACAACUCGGAUGAUAAUUUGUUGAGUGAAAAAUACGCUAUUAAUUUCAUAAUG